GGCGCCCCCCGCCGGCGGCCCGCCAUGGGCUCCGCGGUGCGGCAAUGGCGCGGCCCGGCUCCGCCGCGGGCCCGGCGGCUGCUGCUGUCGCGGCUCUUCCAGCCCCGCAACCUGCAGGCGGGCGGCGAGGCCUUGGCGGACGGGGAACCCGCCUGCCGCAGCCAGCGGCUGAUGCUGCAAGCGGGGCUCAUCCACCCGUCCGGCCCCGGCUGCUUCCAUUACCUGCCGGCCGGCGUGCGCGCCAUGGAGAAGCUGGUGAAGGUGGUGGACGAGGAGAUGCGGGAGGUGGCGGGGCAGAAGCUGAGCAUGCCGAGCCUGAGCCCCGCCGAGCUGUGGCGUGCUAGCGGGCGUUGGGAGCGGAUGGGCCGGGAGCUGUUCCGGCUCUGCGACCGGCACGGCAAGAGCUACUGCCUGGGCCCCACACACGAGGAGGUGGUGACGGAGCUGGUGGCCGCUCAGAGCGGCCUGACCCACAAGCAGCUCCCGCUGCGGCUCUACCAGGUGAGCAGGAAGUUCCGGGAUGAGCCCAAGCCGCGGUUCGGCUUGCUGCGGAGCAGGGAGUUCUACAUGAAGGACAUGUACACCUUCGACGCCUGCGAGGAGGCGGCUCGGAGCACCUACCGCGAGGUGUGCGGUGCCUACGGCAGCCUCCUCGGCCGCCUGGGCCUGCCCUUCGUCAAAGUGCAGGCGGCCACGGGCAGCAUCGGUGGCUCCAUGUCCCAUGAGUUCCAGGUGCUGGCGGACAUCGGCGAGGACAGGCUGGUGCUGUGCCCCGAAGGACAUUUUGCGGCCAACGUGGAGACGUUAAACGGGGAGCAGACGUCGUGCCCCACGUGCGGGGGGAAGCUCACCCAGACCAGAGGGAUCGAAGUGGGGCACACGUUUUACCUGGGCACCAAGUACUCUUCGGUCUUCAAUGCUGUCUUCUACUCCCCAGAGAACAAGCCCUUGCUGGCAGAAAUGGGUUGCUAUGGCCUGGGCAUCACUCGCAUCCUGGCGGCCUCCAUCGAGGUGCUCUCCAUGGAGGACAGCAUCCGAUGGCCGAGCCUCAUCGCUCCCUACCAGCUCUGCUUCAUCCCCCCCAAGAGGGGCAGCAGGGAGGAGGAGGAGGAGGGCGCCGCGCUGCUGGAGCGGGUGUACGACGACGUGGCCGAAGCGCUGCCGCACCUCGCUGGGGACUCGGUGCUGGAUGACAGGACACAGCUGACCAUCGGCAAGAGGCUGAAGGAUGCCAACAAGCUGGGUUAUCCCUUCGUGGUCAUAGCGGGGAAGAGGGUUUGCGAGGACCCACCGGUCUUUGAGGUCUGGAAUCAGAGCUCCGGUGAGGUUUUGUUCCUCAGCAAGGAAGGUGUCAUUGAGUUGCUGAGUAAAGUGCAAGUCCCUUAAA